AUGGGGAGGAGGGAGAAGAAGAGGGCGUGGCUAGGAGGCGGUGGAGUCGAGAUGAGGUUGAGGGCACGCUCAGCUGCGAUGACGUCGCGCGGCGAAGCAGGGGCGAUGGUCAAAGAACGGCGCAACCGCCGCUGGGCCGGGCACUGGAGGUGUCUGGAUGAUGGUCUGCACAGCACGCGGAGGGAGGCAGAGUCGCAAUUGAAGCAGCGCACGCUCAAUCAGGAGGCCGUCCCGCGAGUAGACGGGGAUAGUGGGCCGAUGGCACUCGCGAUGGGCGAGCAGCAAGUUUUUCGUGACGGGUGGUCAUGCAGGGUGCAGCAAGCGGGAGCAGGGACCGGCGAGUCUGCGAGAUAUUUAAGGGUGAGCCUCUUCGUCCUCUUCGUCCUCCGUCUUUCGGUCGUCAGCCAGAGUCAGUCACAGCUUCUGUCCCAGCCCCUCGUGGCAUCACCCGCCUCAAGUACCUGGCCGCCGGCUGCUGUCGCACCUGCUAGCUGGGAACAAAGCUGGCUCACGAGUCUGGAACGCCGCCACCAGCGCGGGCCCCUCGGAGCAUCUGCAGCUGUCACUGCUGGCCGCCUGCCGCCCAGCAUCUCGCGAAACGAGCCCCCGCGAAACGAGCCCCCGCAAAACGAGCCCUCGCGUAUACCUCCACGAUGGUCAUGUUUGCGGUGUAACGAGAGUGUUCUAGACAAGAUGCUUCUGACAGGUCGAGAUGGUCACGGAGACCCGAGGUUACCCCCAGGAUGA